UGGACUUGCUUUUGGUGUUGGUGGUGUUGCUGCUGUUGUGGCUAUUGUUGCUGGUGUUUUGGUUACGGGGUGCGUGUUCAAGAGGAGUUUCGUGGGUUUGGGUGUGGUGUGUUUGGUCUGCUAUUGGUUGAUAUGUGUGGGUGGGUGGGUGUGAGUGUUGCGCCUGCUUGUGUUCAUGGUCCUCUUCUACUUCUUCUUCUUUUUCUCGUUAUUACCCCUGAUUGCGCCUGUUGGUUUUGUUUUGGUUUUGGUUUUGAGAGCUGCGGGUUUAGGGAGGCUCACACCCUCGUCGUUUUCUCCUUCUUUUUCGUCUGGUUGUUUUUUGUUUUUCUUGAGGUUUGGGGUUGCGCAAGCUUGCUUCACGAUACCUCUCUGUUCUGGCGGUGUUGGUGUUGGUGUUGUCGCUGUUGUCGCUGCUGCUGUUGCCGUUGCUGUUUGUGGUGGUGGUGUGGUGGUGGUAGUGUGGUGACCGAGGUAUACGUGUGUGCGUUUGUGUGGUUCUGGGUUCUGGCUGGUGGUGUGUUGCUGGGUUGGACAGCGUGAUGGUUGUUGGCUGGUGGGCUUGCUCACUGGCUUGGUUGCCUGCUUGCCUGCUGGCUAGUUGGCUGGCUAGUUGCCGCGCUUGCUUGCGUGCGUGCGUGCCUGCGUGCAUGAGCGCGCGGGGUUGUGUCUGCGCUACCUACAGUACGCACGCUACAUAAAGUUACAGCUGG